AUGUUUGACUACGCCAACCUGCAUGACGUUUUCGCCGAGGGCGUUGCGAACCCUUACGAUCGCGAGACCCAGCGAGACAUUGAAGCCUCGCGCAAGAGAUUUGAUGGCGCUCUCUUCAUUGACCGAGUCCUACGGGCUGUUGGCAUAACAAAGGCUAAGAUCUACCCUCCCAAGACCGACAAUGCAUUGAAGCAAUUGCAUCAGCAAAUCUGCGAAGCCAACAUGUCGACGCAUCACAAGUUCUCGAUCUUCUACUAUAUCCUUCUUGAUUUCGACCAAACAGCAGGCCGCGAGAGCGUCUCUGACGCAUUUGUGGAUGCGUCUGGUAUGCCUAAAAAGUAUCAGAUCUUCAUGAAGGGCUUGUGGUAUCUGGAUCGCCAGGACUUUUCGCGAGCGCUCGAGUACAUCUCGCACCCCUCUCUUAUUCCCGACUUUGCCGACGAUAUUAUCACCGUGCUCGUCCACUCCGCCGAGGAUCGCGAUUACAGCAUUGCCUUGUCGUAUUUUUACGCUGUGCAGCCCAUUCUGAAGACCUCGGCCGCACUCGAGCUUCUGUUCGAUGCGAUGGCGAGCACCAACAUCUCAGAAGCGCUUUUCUACUCCCGAACGCACCCUCCCCAUACUCGCGAGUUGCUCUUCCGUCAAUUGAUCGCCUCUGUAUUGGAUAGUCCACACGACGAGCUUUCCGAGCGCGCCAGUCAGCUCACCUUUUUGCCUUUCGACAAAUCGGAGGAGGCAUGGUUCGAGGAGUACCUCCUUCACGGCAACGGAAAGACGCAUAAGAAGGCAAAGGAUACACUUGUCAUGCGCAAGAUUGCCUGCGAUCAGUUCUCCGAUGUGACAAAGAUCCGACACGGUGGUCAAUGGUCUGGAAUUCUUGAAGGAAUCAAGGGAGGAAUUAAUGGACAUGCAGAAUAA